AAACCAAUCAAUGUCUAAACUCUAAACUCUAAAGACUUUGUCAUUUCGUGAACCGUCGUCAUAACUGAUCCUUCCAAAGAAUCUCCAAAAUCCCUAAACUUCGAAAAUGGCAGAAACCGCCGAGACAAUCAACACCACGAUCUCAUCGCCGCCACCGGAAUCCGAAAGCUCCACCACUAUUUCUGCAAUGACAGAUCCAACAUCUCAAGAAGCAGCCUCAAAAGACACAGAUCUGACGAAAGAAGCCGAAUCAGAGAAGAAACCAGGAGGAAUCUCUCUCCGAAUCUGGCCACCGACUCAGAAAACUCGCGACGCCGUUCUGAAUCGCCUGAUCGAGACCUUAUCCACCGAAUCAAUCCUCUCUAAGAGAUACGGUACUCUUAAAUCUGACGAUGCAACCACCGUCGCGAAACUUAUCGAAGAAGAGGCUUAUGGUGUUGCUUCGAAUGCUGUGUCGAGUGAUGAUGAUGGGAUUAAGAUUCUUGAGCUUUAUUCUAAAGAGAUUAGUAAGAGGAUGCUUGAAUCUGUUAAGGCUAGAUCUAAUGCUAGUGUUGGAAAUGGAAGUGUGGAGGAUGCUAAUACUGAUGCUAGUGAGGUUUCUAAAGAUGAUGCUGGUCCUGCUUCAGAGGAGGAGAAGAGUGAGGCUUGAGAAAUUUGGUUUUACUUCCUUAUUAUAAUCUCUUGUCUCUUAGGGUUUUGCUGUUCUUGUAAUGAUGAUGAUGACUUGUGGAUUUGGUAUUAUGCAUAUUUGAAGAUGUUUCUUCUUCCUUAAUAUGAGUGCAAGUGUCUUCAUUUUGUUGCUUGGUUUGGCUUUAUGGGAUUUGAUAUUUAACAAUAAUGCAUCUUUGUUGGUAAAUUGUUUUCCUUUUCUGCUAUGUGUGUUUUGGAUUGCUUUGAUUGAUGUGUAUUCAACAACCACAUCGUUUGAUUUGUGUCAUUCAUUGUGUAAUUACGGUUAGUAUCAUCGGGUUAUGUCUUUGUGAAUGUUAGAGUGGUGUG